UACUAAAAAUAUACUUUGAUAAUUUGGUUGUUCUUCUCAAUUAAAAGCUAAAAAGCAUAACAACUAUAACAUGCUCUUAAAAUAAAAAUCAUUUAUAGUACAUAAACAUGGCUGCGGCAUUUCAGCAGCAGAUUUUUGCCCUGGAUGCGCGCUUUAAUGCUUACAGAGCUCCUGGGAAUCCAAACUUUAAAACUUUAUAUAUACGCCGUAGAAGUCAGCUUCUUAGAGAAAAUUCAAAAUUUAAGGAUAUAGAAACAAUCAAGAAGUACAUAAAUAUUAGAAGUCAGCUGUUGCAGCGAAGGUAUGGGGUUCAGGAUAAUAUAUCUAUCAGUUCAUCCUCAUCUCGACAAAGAUCAAAUAGUAGAGCUAGCCUACCAGUGGACGAAAGUAUUACAAUUAAUGCCAAGAAAAAGAAUGACAUGACUAUCUCUGAAAAUUAUGCAUUCUCUGGAGUACAUCACAUAUUUGAUCAGCACACAGACCAAGUUAGCAUGGUGAAGUUCGCGAACAACGAUCGGACCAAGCUGUGCUGUGUGUCGCACGACGGGACGGUGUCCGUGUGUGACGUCACCGCCACGCCCCCGCGCGUCUCCUUCGUGUUGCGAGGGCACACCAAACCCGUCACGGGCUGCGACUGGUCCGCGUCGAACGAGGUGCUGGUGACGUGCGCGCUGGACGGGCUGCUGCUGGUGUGGGACGCGUGCGGCGCGCGACGCCUGCGCGCCGUGCCCGACCAGCUCGCGGCGCCGCUGCUGUGCUGCGCCUUCCAGCCCGCCAACAACAACAUGCUCAUCGCGGGUAACGCAAGGGGAAUGGUGGAGGUCCUCAACGUGUCAACGGGAAUAUAUCCUAGAGGAGGCAGCAGUAUCUUAGGCGGUCGAGUGACGGCGAUCGCGUGCGAGUCAAGUGGAAGAAUGUUUUGGGCAGCGAAUGAUAAGGGCGUGAUCGUGAGCUACCGCAUGUCGGGCGCGGGCGGCGCGCUCAGCAAGCUGCGGCGCUGCUGCGUGGGCGGCGCCGUGAGCAGCCUGGCGUGGAGCCCGUGGCUCGCGCGCCACCCCGCGCUGCUCGUCAGCGCCGCCGACGACUCGCUCUACUUGUUCCGAGUCGCGGACCGCGAAGGGCUGCUGUCGCUGAAGAAGCGCUUCUCGACGCAGCACCGGUCGUUCGCGGUGCGGUCGUCGUUCUGUCCGCUGAUGUCGUUCCGGCGCGGCGUGUGCGUGGUCAGCGGGGGGGAGGACGCCUGCGUGUACUUUCUCGACAUAGAGGGGGAGGCGCGGCACCACUCCGUCGUCAACAAGCUGCAAGGGCACGCGUCGCCGGUGCUCGGCGUCAGCUUCAGCUACGACGAGAGUCUUCUGGCCACCAGCGACGCCGCGGGGCUCGUCAUCAUCUGGCGCCGCAGCUGAGCCCCGACCGGCCGCCUGAUACGGGAUUACUGAUGAUGCAUUCCAUUUUAAUAAUACUCUUAUAUUCAACUGUUCUAUUGAGUCUCGACCGAUGCUUUAUUAAAAUAUAGUAAUAAUAUAAUAAAGAAUAUUUUGAUUUCAUUUCGAUAUUUGUAGAAAUAAGUGAAGGAUAAAAAUAAAAGUCUUAUG